AUGGCAAACGACUUUCGCGAGAUGCUGGACUCUCUGGGGGAGACAGGACGUGAUCUGGAGGCGCGAGGCUGGAAGCUGCCGAGCGCCUGCAUCUUGAUUGACAACGGGCCGACCCUGAGAUGGGAAGCCGGCCGCUUCAAACCGUGCCCAGCGGCGACCGUGGAGCAGUGCCAGGUCGUGCUGAGGUGCCCAGAUGAGAGGACCUUCAUCGACCAGUGUCGGAAGGGGGCCGAGAGCCCGAUCAAGACGUUGCUCUUUGGUAAUUUGGACCUGCGGGGAAGCCGCCAUCUGCUGGCGCUGGCUUUACAAGUCCUUCCAGGAGCUUCAGGAUCGGAAGAAGGGGAGGAAGUACAAAGAGAGGGCGCCAGGGAUUGCCCUUGGGACUUCCGGAAGCUCCAAGACUUCAAACCAUCUGCCUCGCAGCUUUACGUUGUUGGUCUCAGUGCUGCCGCCGCUGCUCUCGCUGUCGGUGGAGUCUGGGCUUAUGCUGCGGCCUCCUCUGUCAAAAUGUCCUCGGUGGGUUUUGCCGUGCUGCCAUUCGUUGCUCCCGACGAAGACGAAGGACCACCUGGCGAGGUCGCAGACGAGGAAGAAAGGUAUGGGAUGGGAUACGGCGAUCUCGCAUGGUAUCGAGGGCCGCGGCGCUUGCCAGUCCGGCCACUGCGCCGCUGCACCUGGCAUUGGGACAGGCUUAGCAGCUGGGCGCGGCCGGCGAGUCUGGAGGAGCUCCGGCGGUGCCUCGCUCGCAAGACCUCGGCUGUACGCCGGCAGGUGUUGCGGCGAUCUCCCCGCUACCGUUUGAGGCAGCAGAGGUGGACACCGCUUCUUGUCGCUGUGAAUCCUCGCAAGGACAAGCUUCAGCGAGCGCCCGCAGUCUUGGCGCUGGCCAGUCGGAAGGCGAAUGGGACAGCCGCUUUGGCCAACUUUCGGAGGUCUCUGAUCGGCGAAGGCUGGUCAGAGCUGGCGCGGGCCUUCGUUCAGGGUCCCGAGACCUUGGCAGGCAGCCACUUGGGUCGCCACCGCCGGUCCUGGACGCUGCUCGUGCGCGGCGGAGGUACUUUGUCCGAGAUGAGAGAUGGUGCAGUCGAUGUGCACUGCCAGUUCGGCGAGAGCUGGUUUCGUCUGCACAGCACACAGUGGGGCUCGAGGGAAAUCCUCGAGGGCUGGCGAUGUCCCCUCUGCUGCGUCAGUAUCUCGCCUGCCUUGGUCUCACCCCAGAUCAUCGACAAGAAGGACCUGCACUGUGAGCUCAAGACCCAGGCUGGAAACGAGGGCUGCCCUGCACGUCUGCGGCGCCGUUGGGCCUGCGAGGCGUCAGACGACAUGGCAAAGGACUGGUUGGGCUUUGACUGGCUCGGCUUCAAGGAGGACCUGCGGAACGCACUCGUCGAAGACGUCGACGCAGGCACGGGCUUGUCCCGAAUUCUGGCUGGGCGCGACCGCCUCUGUGCCGAGGCACAGGCAGGGGCCUGCAAGAUGCAGCCUCCCACAUCCUGCUGGGGCCACGACUUCCGAUCCGUCGUUGCCGGCCACGUGCAGGAGGGACAUCCAUUCUGCCUACUGGGCUGCGUGUGCAUGCAGCUCAUGAUGCUCAUGUUCGUGCGUCAGCCUCUGAAAGGCACCUGGAAGUGGGAAGAAGCCUUCAGGUGUCCGCCGGAGAGCUUCGAUGACUACCUUGCCCACGAAGUGCCUUGCUUUGUCCGGCCUACGCCCGGCCACAACUGGAGCCCUUCCGACACUUUGAGCCAUGCCCUUCGAGUCUUGCUGCCUGCGCUGCGCUGGAUGGACUUGCUGGAUAGUGGGUGGCCUUUCUUCCGACUGGUUGCCCGCAUAUCGGCACAGGUCUGCGAGCAGAACCUGGGUCGGUGUCCUGCAACGUGCGACACGGAGGACAUGAAGGUGCUCGCCGAGACCUUGGAGGAGAAGAUGUUCGAAGGUCCACGCGAGCAGGGGCCCAGAGACCGCAGCGAUCUGCUCGAAGCCGCUCGGGCUGUGUGGAGAAGCGAUGCGAAGGAGGUCAAAGCGAGUUUGGGCCGCUGCGGGGAAGUGGCCCUGGCCGAGGCGGCCGCGGUUCGCGCGGCGACCUACGCCCACACGGAGAGCCUCCAGGAUGUCCUCACGGGUGUUCAGCUCACUGAGCUGGUGGUCGGAGAUCUGGCCCGACGAACACCCUGCGUCUUGACGGAGCUUUCUCGCAGCCCAGAUUUCUGGAAGAGCAUGGGAUUUGUGGAGACAUGGCUGGGUGGUCACGUGCGCUACAAGCACCGCCCAGCCUGCAAGCUGCACUUCUGCCCGGAGGGCAGCCCCAGCAUGCGGUCAUGCCGCUGCGAAGAUUCCUCAGCUCCUCCAAGUGCAACACCUGCGGAUCCCCGCUCCGUGUGCCUGAUCACCGGAGAUCCGGGGGAUGACCGUCCACUGGAGUCGGACCUCUCCCUCCUCGUGGGGACUCAUCGAGAGGCGCCGAACUUCUGGAGCCUCACGUACCACCUGAAUCGUCUCUAUGCCCUUCGUCAUGGCUAUCGCUUCAGCCGUGUGGAAGUCAGCAACGAUGAGAUGGAGCGCAUGCGGGCUGACGGCGUGCUGCCGGAGCGCAAAGUGCAGUGGCUGAUCGUCCGUUUGAUCUCGACGAGGCUGCAGGACAGCAGCUGCGAGCUGGUGGCCUGGUUGGACAGCGACGCCUUCAUCGUCUCCUCGGAGCCCCUGGAGGAGCUGCUGAAAAGCCAGGGCUUCCCCGCAAACCACUCAAGACCGCCAUUCUUCUUCUUCGCCUCGACUUCUGCGACGAAGGAAAUCGGCAAGCUGUCCAUCAAGAGAAUCAACAUCUCCGACCACUUCAUGGUCGUGCGCAACAGUCCAGUGUCACGAAAGAUGAUGCAGGAGUGGUGGCGGCUGCCGCUGCAACACACGGACUUGUCACGCUUUCGUGGCGAGCUGUUUCUGGAACAGACGGUGAUGAACGAAUACUUUCCGCGUCAUCCAAAGUUGAUGGCCAAGGUCCCCUCCAUCGAGCUGUUUGAAGGCUUCGGAGGCCUCUUCGUCAGGCACAUGGGAGGCAUCAAAGACAUGCUGUACCGGAUGACCCUGAGGGACGCCCUUGUUGCCCGCGUGCUGUCGCCUCUGACGGCGCCCGGUUCCGGCUGGGCCCAGGCGCUGCGGCAUGACCCCGUGGCAAGGCAGCUGCUUCAGCUGGCGGUGGAUGCCGGAUGGUGUAGCCGGUACGACUGCAAUGCUGAAAGCUGUGUGGAGCUGUGUCGGGUGCCUCUUGGUGCAAGAUCUUGCUUAUACUUUGUUCUGGCAUGGCCCUUACCCUACGCCCUUCCGCACUGUUGCUCAAGGAUAGUACUAGUAGGUGUUGAAAGGGUCUCAUGCCCCCGAAGCAUAAAGAUGACAAAAAGCCAACUUGAAAGAGUCAUCUUCAACUUGCUCGUGGAUAGCUACGCACGGGUGCCUCCAGAGAGGCCAUCAUGCUGA